CGAGGAGGUAAGUCACUCCUCCCUAUUCUUCUUGCGUCUCUCACCAGGACAAGAUUGGUUCCCCAAGUUGAAUACUUUGUGAUAACUCCUUCGUCAGCCAGAUGAGGAACACCGUCCUCCUCCUGGUGGCGGCAGCUGCUGUCGCUGCUGCAGAGCUUGGCCACAUCGAGAACUUCCAAGCAGUCAGUGGUGACGGGCAAAUAGUACUGGAAUGGGAUUAUGUGGCUGGCGACUCUUCCUACACGCUUCACAAAUACAGACUCAUCACAGACGGCGACUCCAGCAGUGAUAUACCAUGCCGCGACAGUCACUGCUCCUUCACUGCCGUAUACAUGGAAGCUUGCAAGGAACACACUUUCGAACUCAUCCCCAUCUUCGAUGACUUGACGAACGGCGGUACAGUGGAAGGAGACUCAGUGACGAUUACUGGGUACACGAUCGAUGAGGAAGUAAGUGCUCCCAGCAAUCUGAGGAUUGUAUCUGAGAACGACUCCGGGACGACCCUUCAAUGGAAUGCUCCCGCUGAGAACCCAAUUUGCGCCAAGUCCUAUGAGGUGUGCUCAAGGCUCGAUGGCUCCCAGGAAAGUCAGUGUCAGACGGUGAGUGACACGACCGUCAUGAUGACUUCCCUACAAGCUUGCGGCAAGUACCACGUCACCGUGACACCAGUCACUCCCUCCGGUGCUGAGGGAACCGCCCUGGAGGAUACCAUUGAGACAGAGUUGGGAGCUCCUGGGCCGCCCGUAGACGUUGUGGUUGGACUCAUCACCAAGACAACCAUCGAGAUUAUGUGGAACGACCCAGACAUCAACCCACUCUGCGUGAAGGACUACGCCAUCACUUACGGUGCCAUCACGACCCGGGUCGGCCGCAGUGCUCCCCGGGCCGAGGAAGACUACGACAACCGUGCCACCAUAAGUCCCCUCGACGCAUGUACCAACUACUCCAUCGAAGUUGUGUCCGUGGGCGAAGGCGGCCUCAGCAGCGCUCCGGUCACCAAGUACGCUGCUACCGAUGACACUGUGCCGCAGCCAGUUCCUUACAUCGAGGUGGACCCAGCCAGCGAAGACUCCAUUGUCGUACACUGGGGUAAGGACGAGAAUGAUCGAUGCGCCGCCUCCUACAUUAUAUGCUGGACCGACGGCAUUCACCCACAGGAUUACUGUGUCAACGUGUCUGACUCAAGCAGUGGCUAUACCAUCACCGACCUGCUGCCCUGCACCACCUACCAGGUCACCGUCACUGUCGCCAGCUCUAGUGGCCUCGAUAGCGUCGUCGUCGGUAACAGUACAGCCACUUAUGAUGUCGCACCUGAACCAGUGAAUAACUUGCAAGUAAUAGAGUCUCACACUAACGAGCUGACUGUGACCUUCGAGCUGCCAGAGGUCAACAAGCAGUGCGUUGAGACGUAUGACUUGCAGGUCACCGACCUCGACCAGUCGGGGCUGAUGGCCUCACGCGCCACCGAUUUCAUUGAGACUUUCAUCACGGGUCUUGAAGCCUGUACUAACUAUCUCAUCGAACUGCGUCUUCUCUCUCCCACUGGCAAGGCAUCAGCUUGGAGGGAGGUUCGUAACAAGACCCAGGACGGCAUACCUUCCUCGCCACGGGAGUUUGGACUGAAUGGUGUGACCAAGGACUCCAUCUCACUGGAAUGGUUCCAGCCUGAGAUAAACAAACGCUGUGCCAGCGAGUACAUCAUCACCUGGGAGGCCAGCGAUGGAACCCGCGGUGGCCCACAAAAUGUUAUUGACCCGACAGAAUUCAAAGUGAUUUACACAGUUACAGGCCUGAAGGAGUGUACGGAUUACACCUUCAGUCUUGUGGCCAAAUCUAGCGUCGGCCAGAGUAACCCCACGGAAUUUACAUAUACCACCCUCUGCAGCUAGGUUAAAGUGGCUGGCUCCCAGGGAGGUUCAUCCGCACCACAUCCAGUAAUACUUCACUUGGUUUUCUUCAGCGUUUUCCCCAUGACUGGGGUAAUAUCCCAUGUCACUCCGAAGCCUCCCUCGGUUCUUUGGAAAUUUCCAGUUACCAAAGACACUGGGAAUCCAUUCGUCAGGGGACGAAUGGAUUCGACAGUUGGAGGAUCGAAAAAUCAUUAUUUUUCAAAAUAUUUUCACAUAUUUGAAAGAUUUUCAAACAUUUUUAAUUAUUUAUAUUACUUAUAGUUAAACACCAUUUUCUGAGAUCAAACUUGAUUGCCUCCCAUCCUCCAGAGUCUGUGUGAACUCUACUAGUUUAGUGCAUCCCCGUUAAAAUAAUAAUGAUUGUCAACAAUUAUCACCAGAAUUUAUCAACUUCUCUGUCUGCUGAGGAAGACAACAUAUCAAAAUGUGUCGCUGUAGUCAGAAAUUACUGGUAUUUAAUGAAGGAAUUUUAGGCUCCGGCUUUCGUUUCUUCUCAACAGGUCUAUUUUUAUAUCUUAAACUAUCUCUAGUUUGAGUUAGUGAGUAAUAUUUUCAUUAUGAAGUAUGAACAAGGUUUGUCUCUCCCGGUAAUGUUGAACAGGAAACAAAAAUUUUAAAUACAAUAUUCCUUUGAAUGCAGUAUUUUUUUCCAUCUUCCUAUUAUUGCCAUAUGUCAUCGUAGUAAUUAUAGGUAGAUGGUGAUGUAGUCAUUAUUGCCAGAUGCUGACGUAGUCAUUAUUGCCAGUGAUGACACACCCAAUCUUGCUAGACACUCAGUGCCGGAUUUACCUAUAGAGGCUUGGCAGGCUGAAGCCUAGGGCCUCAAAAUCUAGGAGGCCUCCGGCCAAGGUGUAUAAAAUUUUUGACACUGUCAUAAGCCUUUCUUACAAUGCUGUCAUAAUUCACUGUAGUCUCUAAACAACCCUUCAGUAAUGUUCCUUUCUGUAUUGAUUUUUUUUCUUAUUCGCCGGUACUCUCCCGGCCCGGGUCUUUUGUCCUUCCAGGAAAGCAGUGAGAUAAGUUGACUGAGGACCCUCAGUCAUUUGUACUCUGAUGUUAAUGAGAAUGUUGAUACCAGGCUUCAAGCUAACACUAUUUUGCAGUAUAUGGAAGAACUGGGGUUUCUGUUUAUGCUGCAUUUUUGGACCCGUGUGCUGAGCCAUUUUCACAAGGUCAGCAAAGUCAUUCAGAAAUCAGAACUCUUAUUGAGUACUUGUGCAUGUUUAUACAGUUCACUUCAGGACUCUUAAGCAAAAUUAGAGAAGAUUUUGAUGAGCAACUAGCAAAAGUCACCUUGCCAAAUGUUAACUAAGAAACUGUCACAAGGACACACAGAGUAAGGAAACUGCAAGGAAAUGAUGGAUGUGCCCCUGGUGUUGAUGCCUUAGAUGAACUCUCUUUAAGAGAUAAGUUUAUGAUAAAAUCCUUCAUUCCUAUACUAGAUGCACUUGAAGCAAUUUAAGAAGAGCUACUGUGUACAGUGAUGUUGCACAAUUGUUUUCCUUUCUUGCUAAUCUGACAGCAUCUUAGCAAGAAAUUCAUCAAGGUGUUGAACUGUUGACGGCAACAUAACCCAGAUGUUCACCUGAAAGUUGCUGAUGAACUUUUGCAUUUUCACCUGUGAGCCAAAGCCAUAGGCCUACAAAAGAGCAGUCACUGUCUCAUACAGACCUUUACCAAAUUAUAUACAAGGAAAAAAUUCAGAUGCCCUUCCCUAUUUCUUAGCUUAAUGGGAACUACCUUCUCGGUAGAGAGGUCUUUUUCAUGCCUCAGAAGAAUUAAAAAUGAACCAAGGGCCACAAUAUCUCAAGAGGGGUUGUCCACAUAGCAUUCUGUCCAGUGAAAAUUUUGAUGAACUUUUGGAUGAUUUUGCUGUGAGGAAGGCUAAAAACUUUUUUUGAUGAUUGUAGUUUUGUUAUUUUUACUAUGUAUUUUAAAAGAAUAUACAUGUAUGUAUUUUAAAGAAUAUAACAUUAA